AUGUCUUUUUCAAAGCUUAGGUAUGUUAUUGUUCCCUUGUCAAAGCCAAUCAUUCUCAAGAAGGGUUAUCAGCCAAGUGCCAUAACUUUGACUACACUCAUCAAGGGUUUUUGUCUCAAAGGUGAGCUCCAUGAAGCAUUGCACUUUCAUGACAAGGUGCUAGCGCAUGGAUUUCAUUUGAACCGAGUUUGUUAUGGGACAUUGAUUAAUGGGUUAUGUAAGGCUGGACAAACAAGAGCAGCCUUACAAUUGCUGAGACUAGUUGAUGGGAAGUUGGUUCAGCCUUACGUGGUAAUGUACAGUACAAUCAUUGAUGGUAUGUGUAAAGAUAAACUUGUUAAGGAUGCUUUUGAUUUAUAUUCUGAAAUGCUUGCUAAGAGAAUUUCUCCUACUGUUGUCACUUAUAAUACUUUAAUUUGUGGCUUAUGCAUUGUGGGUCAAUUGAAAGAUGCUAUUGGUUUGUUCAAUAAAAUUAUAUUGGAAAACAUGAACCCUGAUGUGUAUACCUUUAAUAUUUUGGUUGAUGCGUUUUGUAAGGAAGGAAAGUUGAAAGAAACUAAGGAAGUGUUAGCUGCGAUGAUGAAAAAAAGCGUCAAGCCUGAUGUUUUUAGUUUUAACUCUUUAAUGGAUGGAUAUUGUUUGGUAAAUGAUGUAUGCAAGGCCACUGAUAUAUUCAACAGUAUGACCACAAUGGGUGUGACUUCUAAUGUUUACCGCUACACCGUCAUGAUUAAUAGAUUCUGUAAGAUUAAAAUGGUUGAUGAAGCCAUGAAUCUCUUUCAAGAAAUGCAUCACAAAAAUAUUAUUCCUGAUACAGUAACCUAUAAUUCUCUUAUUGAUGGUUUGUGCAAAAUUGGGAGAAUAUCAUAUGCUUUAGAGCUUGUCAAUGAGAUGCAUGAUAGAUGUCAACCACCUAAUAUAAUUACGUACAGUUCUAUAUUGGAUGCUUUAUGCAAAAAUAAUCAUAUUGACAAGGCAAUUGCGUUAUUAACAAAAAUUAAAGAGAAGGGAUACACUCUAAACGUCUAUACUUAUAACACUCUGAUCAAUGGAUUUUGCAACAAGGGCUUGUUUGAUGAAGCAUUGACCACACUGGCAAAAAUGAAAGACAAUGGUUGUAUUCCGGAUGCUAUAACUUAUGAAAUACUUAUUCUUUCUCUCUUUGAAGAAAAUGAAAAUGACAAAGCAGAGAAACUUCUUAGAGAAAUGAUUGCGAGACGUCUACUGUAA